AAAGCACGAGAGGGGAAGCAGCAAGUCUGCAUUUACAACUGUGCGCCUGUGUGUGUUGUUAGUCUGAGUGAGAGAAAGAGAAAAAGAGACAGAGUCAGAGAGGAGGAGGAUGCAGAGGGGAGAGCGAUUCGGUCGACCUGUCCGGGUCUCUCAUGUCACAGAUGUGCCCUCAGGAGCUGACCUCUGUCUCUCUGUCUGGAAAAUAACCUGGAAAAACUAAAAUGGAAUACUGGAAAACUGCACUGUGGAGAACAGUCGGGGCGACGUCCCUCCUGCUGCUGCAUCAGAGACAGAAGAAGUGAAGGGAAGAAAGGAGAAUGAGUGACGUUUUUAAUUUGUAUCUACAUAAGAAAGUGAAGAGGAGACGGAGUCUUGUGGGCCUGUCUGACAACUGUGGGAGGACGGAGCAGAUUUAUACGUAUAAUUGUACUCUUAGUGAGCUUUUGGCUUUCUUUGAGGGAAAGGCAAAGAGCAGAGAGGAGAUAAUAGGAGAGGAGAGGAAAGGGGAGGAGAGAGCAGAGUGCAGCGAGUAGAGGAAUACAGAGAAGGAAGGAGAUGAGAGGAGAGGAGUGAGCACACCAGAUGGGAUCCUGGCAUUAAUAAAAUUGCCCACUCAUUUAUAAGGUCCCUGGAGGUCUGACGAUGAUUCCUGACACAGGAACAGAUGAGUGACGAUCAUCCGGUGGGCAGAACGAUGUUUCCUGACGCGACCAGCUAGCAAUUUGGAACCAUCAAUCUCAGGGAGUCCUGAGGAAGUGAACUGCCCUCUGCAGGAGAAUAUCAUCAUCUCAACUCACUGUGAAAUCAUGAGCACCCCAACGACAGCAAGCCCCACCAUGGAGGUGAAGGUGGUUUCCCAGGAGAUGGCACUGCUUAGUAACAUCCUGGCAGCUUACACCUUCAUCGCAGACCAACCUGAGAGGACAGCACUGGUGUUUCUCGGCGGGGUGUGUGUCGGCCUUCUGGUCACACUGUGCGCCAUCGUCUUCCAGAUCCACUGUCGUGCUGACUGCCACUACGGCAACAGCAACAACCCCCAGCAUCGCCAGAGGAAGAAACAUCACCAACACCGCCAUCACAACUGUCCCAUCCAUCAGCAGCAGGGCGACAGCAACCCGGACCCCACUGCUGUCGUGGCCUCUGGAGGGACUGGGCCCACUGGGGACAGCGAGUCAGAGGACUGGGAUGAUACGUCCGACCUGUCGGCACGGAGACGCAGGCGCUUUGAGAGAGCCCUGCUGCACGCCACCAUGUUCACAUCAGCCGAGGAGCUGGAUCGAGCCCAGAGGCUAGAAGAGCGGGAAAGGAUUCUCCGGGAGAUCUGGAUGAACGGACAACCUGACAUCAGCACGGUCACUCAAAGCCUCAACAGAUAUUACUGACACGAAAGUCAACACAAGGGCAGACUGGGAGGCAGAAAACUGAAAAUAUAGAGGCAGACAGACGGAUGAACGGUGAACAAAUGGGUGCGCAGGUGAACAAACACUGCAUUAAAUGAACAAUGAUGUAUUGACAGCACCAAAGAGACUCUUAUCCAACAGUCAGUGACCGUGCAGCCUGCAGCAGCCCCUCCAGGAGCACACAUGAGCAGUGAUGGCUCCGUCCUCCAAUACAAGAUGACAGUUUUGUGUUUGGAAGAAGAAAGCCAAGACACAAUGGGACCCACAGGGCGCAGACGGCCAAUGCUGCUGUCAUCUCCUGCAGAUGUUUUGUAGAUCCUGCGACCUGUUACUGCUGCCAUAAAGCUACAGGGAUUUUCUAACUUUUCCAUUUCUAACAGGUGCUUUGGAGAUGCGCAGAAGGAGUCAGGUGCUGUUUAUGAGUGUACAGUUUGGAUUCAAAUCGUGUGUUGUUGUUGCACUUUUCCUCAGCUCACCCUUAUUUGUCUGUGAACCUGCUAUAGUCAUUGGGGGAGAAAUGGAAACUGAAAUAGAGAGAGAUCGAUUGAUUGAGCACAUUAACUCCAUGCUGCAGUUCUGAACCUCGUUUAUGAUGACUGCAUUAAAGUAUUGCAGCAAGGAUUUCCUAACAGCUCUGUAGGCUGGCAGCUGUAGGUUUAGUUGCAUAUUAGAACAGGAGCUGACUGUGUCUGAGAAGGUUGUGCUCUCUUUUUAGUUUGUGAAGUUGAAUAUGUUAAUAAAAUUUAAGUCCUGGAUUUCACGAAA